CUCGACGAAGUUGCGACACCCGAAAUACAAUGCAAACUUAAAAUAAGCCGAUUAACCACCAGACGUCAAGAUGUCAAUUUAUACCAACUUCAUCGUCCUCCUCCUUACAAUUUAUACUCAUCCCUCCCUCUCUUUCACCAAUGAAUCUGAAUCUGACCCGUACCUAGCGUUGUACACGUUUCACCCAAUCUGGGCGCGGGAAACGUGCAUAGGGCGCGACCCCGAAACGGGCAGCCUCGCCGUACUCCCCUGCGAUCCCGACAAGUUGCUCAAGUUUGCAAUUGCACACACCCGCGCCAAGGCCAUCCAAACCAAUGGCACGACUGGGUCCUGGUUGUGUUUGGAAGACCGGGAAAAUUCAAUCUUGGUCCAACUGGGGGAUUGUGAGCUGGAAAAGAAGGAGCAGGACUGGACUUUAGAGUGCAUCCAAAACUCCAAUUUCUGCCGCGUGAUGGCCUGGUCGCCCAACUGUUUGAAGCCGGACGGGGUGAAGCUUACCUUGACGCAGUGCUCGAGGAGGGAUUACUGGUGGAUUAAGCGGGCGGAUAAUUAAUUUCUGGAGCGUUAUUUAACCUAAAUUUCAGUUUAUGUAUCUAUCAUGCAAUAAAAAUGCAUGGUUUUAACGGGA